AUGAUGCCCAGAGGAAGAGAAGCACGAAGCGUAUUGGCUUCGCUAAAGCGACCACAUACUCUCAGAUCCGUCAGCCCUGCAUUGGCUUGUCUCAGAGCCAACCCCUUCCAUACCACAGCCACAUCACGAACUGAUGGCGUAUUCCAAGGUCUGGCUGAUAAGCGACAGCCAUUGCCUUGGAUUGAGGCUUUCAAACGACAGCAGGAGGGAAAGCCGGCUCAUAAUUCCGAUGAUGUUCCCACAGAACGCGAUUUGACCCCAAGGAAGAUGAGCGACAGCUACCAUCGCGUCGUUCUGCCUCUCAAAAAGGAUCCUUGGCUACUUGGAACACUGUUCAUGGACCUCGAUGCCCUAUCUGGCAUCAUUGUCUACAAGCACACUGGCCCAGGUGUCACCACAGUCACCGCCGCCCUGGAUCGAAUCACAAUAGCUCAUCCCCUCACCGAAAUCUGUGAUCUCGAGUACAGCGGCCAAGUUACGUACGCCUCUGGUCGAAGUAGUGUUGAGAUCACUUGCAAAGUCGCCAAGGCCCGAGAAGAAGGCGAGCCAAGCAAACCCGAAGACGUCCUUCUCACAUGUACCUUUACCAUGGUGGCCUUGGAUCCCAACACGCGCAAGCCCGUCAACAUUCCCAAGCUUGAGCCCACCAACGCGGAGGAAGAGAAGAUUUUCAAGGCCGGAGAAGCAAAGUCGCUGUCCAAGAAAGAGACCUCCAAAGCUUCGCUUCUGCAAACCGAGCCUAAUGAUGCUGAGUCUGCACUGAUCCACCAAAUCUGGCUGAGGCAGCUCGCCUACCAUGAUCCGAACAACCCCCUUCGCCAACCACCCAACGUCGUUGCCAUGUCGAAAACGCAGCUUUCAACAGCAGCUAUCAUGCAGCCGCAAUAUAGAAAUAGACACCAGACGAUGAUCUUUGGUGGAUUCCAUUUAAAGCAGACAUUCGAGCUUGCCUUCUGUUGCGCGGCCAGUUUCGCUCACGCAAGACCUACUUUCAUCAGUGCUGAUCCCUGCACAUUUCGCAAUCCCGUCCCAGUUGGAAGCGUCUUGUAUCUGACUGCCACUGUUGCUUACACUGAUCCUCCUCUGUUGGAGGAAGAUGGCACCGAACCUGGCUUCCCGGAUGAGAAGAACCCCAUGACGCGUGUCCAUGUCCGAGUUGACAGCAAGGUACGCGACGUUGAGCACGGAGUCGCCAAGCCUACUGGCCAAUUCAACUAUACCUUCUCUGUUCCCAAGGACCUCAAGGUUCUGCCACAUACAUAUGAGGAGUACAUGAUGUACGUUGAUGCUAGGAGACGUGUGUCGCUGGGCGAUAGCCAACGAAAGGAGGAGCAGAAGGCUUCCUCAGAUAAGAGACCGGAGGCUUCCGAGAAGAACUUGAUAGGAUGA